AUGGGAGAUUCGAAGCUCGCUGCCGCGGCUCUGCUCGUCGUCGCCAUCCUCAUUGGUAUGCGCCUCUUCUCUCUCGCAUCGCCCCCUCUCCCUCCCCCACGAUGCUCUUUCGUCACCACUGCGAGCACCACCGUGAGCACCACCGCGAGCACCAGCAUGGGAGAUUCCAAGCCCGCUACCGCGCUCCCUUACUUGCAUGCCCCAAUUUCCUACCGAUCCUCCCAUGUGCCCUCCCCACGCCCCAACAACCCCGCGCCCCGUGGGCCCUCCCCACACCCCAACAACCCCGCACCCCGUGUGCCCUCCCCAUGCCCCAACAACACCGCGCCCCGUGUGCCCUCCCCACCCCUCUUCCCAUGUGACGCCCCCCCUGUGUGUGUGAGUAGUGUCUCUGAAAUCAACGCAUCAGUGAAGUCCAUCGGAGAUGACUUACGAGUUCACUCUAGACUCCCUCCCAUGCGCCCCUCCCAUGCGCCCCUCAUCCCCUUCCCCCUGCAUGCAUGUGUGAGCAGUACCACCAAGAUGGGCGCAUCAGUGAAGCAGUACCACCAAGAUAAGGCUACCAAAACGUUUACGGCCAGUGCCAGCCCAAUUAGCUUCCUCUUUCCACCCCAUCUAGCCCUCCAACGCCACUGCCCUGCUGAGAGCCACAGCACAACCCCUCGAUAA